UUCCCCAUUCAACUUCCUGAUUGCCGUGGUCAAUCAAUAACCGGCGUGUAUUCAUUCACAAGGGUAACUUAUUGACUUCAACGAUCUACGUCAUGACAGCCAACUGUUAUAACUGACAGCAUAGUUUCACAAUGUGGGAUAUUAAUGUACUGGUUGAAUACAAGCCCAACACCCAGUGAACAACGAGGACGCUGACUCAUAUGGCUGUGACAUGCGGCAGAUAUUGCUGGUAACUAUUGCAGAUACGAGUCCGUGUGCACAAUGGCUUGUUCUGAGAGCGACACAGAAAGAUUCAGUUUUAAUGAACGUCUCAAGAGUGCUAUAGCUCGCGAGUUCAAACGGCGGGUCGACCCACGCUUGUUGAAUGAUGCGCUGUCACUCAAAGUGAGGCUCACAGAGAGACAUGAGGAUGAAAUGAGGGCCAAGCUUGGCAGCGAGGGAAGAUGGGUAGCUUGUGAUUAUCUGUUUCAUCAACUCGUCAAGAAGACGGACUGGUUCAAACAUCUUCUCAAAGCGUUGGCUGAUCCUUCCGUUGGAUUGGCAGAUUUUGCUGACUUCUGCAGACAAAAAGAAGCCUACAUAAAUAGCGUCUCCGGGGAUUGUACGACUGAUAACGAUGAUGACGACGUUAAAAGGGCAGUGGACGAAAUAGACGGACCCCCAAGACAGAGUCAAGGACGAUUCACAAACACACGCUCGACAGUGCGUGACUCAUCUGAUAGCGAUGACUACGAACCUAUGUGUCCGCCCAUCUACGAAAAUGAAGAACCUUAUGAUGAUGCCAGAUCGCUCCCUUACCCUACCCAGAACGUCAUGUGGGGAAGUUCUAAAGACCGACAUGGAGGAGGUCAAGGCAGAACACGGCCAAGCACAAUUCAGGACAGGAAAGCUGCAGAUCAAAUUUCUCUAUCGCCAAGUGAACACUACUACAGCAGCAUAGCGUGCACCAGCGUUACUGCAUCGGGACGUCACCAAGAAUCAAUUGGUACGACACGGGGCGGAGUUAUGUCAUCACGUAGUACCCCGACACGUCCGAAUCCUUCUGCUGUGACACAACGUGUCAGUGACGGGUACACAUUCAUUUCAAGUAGGGGCAGUGCCUCAAUGGUUCGACCAGCAACCAGUUCAAGGGAAGGUGUUCCAGAUAGAUCCCCACAACAAUACAGGGAUAUCACCACAAACACGAAGACACCCGUUGCCAGGGACACCAAUACCCAAAACGUAGGCCAACCAUUGAGGAGAGCCGGACCCUCGUUGGUAAGUCCAUCUUCCGGUACGUCACGUGGCAGGUCACGUGAUGACGAGAAUACACAACAUAGUGGUGUUAAGUCGGCUCUUCCAUCUCUAAGUUCAAGCCUAGGUGGUCCACAACCUUCAUCCGGAUAUUACAAUGAAGACCCUCAGACAUUUGUUUCUACGACUGCUAAUGCCGGGUCCAUGAACCGGCCGUCAGGGAACGUUGACACCUCGUUACGGCCAAGGAACACCUCAAAGGAAUGUGAGGAAGACAACACUUGCAGUUAUAACAAAAUACGUCAGGAGGACGUCAGUAGCAGGAGUCGUAGUGCGAAGGGGUCUAGGCCUCAGGGGUAUGACCUGACGUCACCUCACAUUGGCGACGGGAUACAACCUAUGCCACAGUCUAGUGUACCGUCUCGCCAGGCAUCGACGUAUUACAAUCUCAACAGAGGAGACUUGUUAAGGACGGCGUCUGAUUCAACACGGGAUGCAACCUAUACUGAUUGCAUGUCAAAAGGUGGAGACGACUUCAUACGAGCGGAGGUGGAGAAAGAGUCUCGCAUACCAACCACAAACGGUGCGCAGACACCGGAUGGAGGCAACUUCACACGAGAGGAGGUGGACACAGAGUUGGCCCGCUUCCCCGGCUACAUACCAACCAUCACAGAUGUCGAGGUGAAAAACAGAAUCGAAAGAUGUAAAGACAGUACAUAUGUGUUAUGGUACUGUGACUUGAAACAGAGGCCAGCGCUCGGUGUUGUGUAUAACUCUUCGUUCAGGACCUUCCUUAUCUGGAAGAGGUCAAGUUACAACGGCAACAAGUUCUACAUAUAUCAGGACCAGAAGGAAGCCCUCACUCUGACAGAGCUGCUAGAUUAUCACCUCAAAGAUGGAAUAAUACUCAGAUGCCCCUACAGACUGAAAAUCAUGCUAAAAUACCCUUUUCUUGAAUGAAGAUAGAAGCAGAUGUGUGUGGAUAGUUAAUGGUCAGCUGAUGUUGACAAGAACUCACUCUUCCGAGGUGAAGGUGCAAUGGGGUUUAACGUCGCGUUGAAGGUUAUUUCACUAAUACAGCAUGCACGGGUGUGCGAGUGCGUGCUUGCCUGCUUGUACUCGUCCGGACUUACGCCGAUUGUAUAGUGCUAACCCAUUGAGAUACCACGUCGUAGUUUAACAUGAAUACCCUACUCAGACACAGUAUACUGACGCCGAGCCUAUCGGUACUGGUUUAAUCCCCUUAAUGCCGAAUGCCAGGCAGGUAACAAGUACAUGUACCAUCUUUUAAUGUCUUUUUGUAAGACGCGGCCGGGGAUAGAACCACCAACCUUCCGCUCUCCGGGCAGACACUCUAUCCUCUAGACCACGGAUGCGGUUGACUCUGGAGAAAGCCAACAAGUCCGUACAAUACAUUACACAUACACUAUUUUCAUUGGCAUAGUUAUUAACACGUGGAAUGCAAGAGUUGGGCAUUGGUACAUAAAUUACCCACACCAUUCGCAUAUGUGUGCGUACUGUUCAAACUAACUUUAAAAAAUAGCUAGCCAUCUGACUUUUCUGCUGGUCACGGGCCAAAGGAUCAGCGGUUGUGUCGCUCAUUAGCCUCUAAGUGAAAGAAGUCGAAUAUGACAAGUCUCGAAUAUACGCCAUGUCUGUCUCGAAUACCAGCCAGAUAAAACAACGCUGUUGUGCAAUGAUAUUAAACUGUUAGACUUGCCAAAUUCUAAUGCUGCCCAUACGAUAAGAAAAGUGCUGAAAGAGUAGAUUCUCAUUGAGGACUUUACGGUACCUAACUCUUUCAGCGAGAGUCGUUUUAUUAUCCCCCGCCCGCCCUUGGGGGUACACUAGACUUAAUCUUCUGUAAUGAGCCCAUCUCAACUAGAGUCUUUCCAGUUCCAUACACUGACCAUCAUCUUGUGCGGGGUGUGACGGAAUAGGUGUAGUAUAUUUAAGUGACUAUCAUUAUUUCUUUGUAUGUUAAUCAAUGUGGUAAUGAACUGAACUUUUUUAAUCUUAAUAUUUUGCAUUUAAUCUACUAUGUCCAAAGCAACAUCUUGGGUUUGAACUGGUAAUGACCAUAGUCACAUAUCACAUACUAAUACCAUUUAUGUUUCUUAACAAAUAUUCCAUGAAGAUAUUAUUACGAGUCAAAAUGUGACUUGCAAUGUUUUGUCUUUCUCCCACCCUAAUGAAUUCAGUAGUAAAUGUAGGAACUGGUUUUGUCAGUUUGUACUUCCAUCAUGUUUUUGUGGAGAAGGUUUCAUUUGUUUUGUGUUUUGCAGCAUUAUAUUUUGUUUCUUCAGGAUAUUUUGCAUUUACAUCAAGUAUAUGCUCCCCUUCUGCCUUUUACUCCUCACAAAAUUUUGAAUAUUUUCAAAUGUAUUUGUUUGUGUGAUCAAAUUUCACUGUUGUUGACAUGACACUUCAUUUGCUGGGCAGGAGACUUGGCCAAGUUAGUGGCAAACUCUUCUUUUUUUUACAAUUUCCAUGACAAGUCCCACCUCGGUUAAAAAAGGUUAGGUUUUUUUAAAGAUUUAAUUAUGUUAUAAAUUCUGCAACAGGGGCGGGGGAUAUAGCCACUUUAGUGGCAAACUCUUGUUUGUUAUUUGCUUCUGGAAGAUGUCAAUUUUGUGAGAUGUUUCCUUGUGUAUAUUUAAAGUACUGAAUGCCCUGGCGAAUCAAAGUUGGCAUUUAGAUUUAGCAUUUACCAAACUGUUCAAUCAUUUACUUGUAAUAUUUCUACAUACAGCAGUAUGGCGUACGUUAUUGUGUGCAAUGUAAAAUGUGCAGUGUACGACGUACGGUGUAUGGGCGACAGCUAUUAAGCUUCAGUGUACAGGGUACUGUAUAUAUAGGCUAUGAUAUCUUGUGAUGUACAGAGUACGAUGGACGUGAUCAAAACUCAAUGAUGAUGUUUAUCGCGAGCAAAAUGGAUAUUUCUGUUAAAACGAAAUUUGUAAUUUUUGUCAUUACUGUGAUAUACCUUAUCUGCGGAAUGAUCGCGAAUACAUAGGCUGUCGCUAUAUUGAAAACAGUAUGAAAGUACUUAAUCUUGCUUUUAAAUAUUCCUCUUUGAAGAACUUACAGUGAACAUACGUACCCUGUUUGUGUAGGUAAACGAGUAUUCUGUGGUUAGCGAAUGUUUGUUGUUUAACGCCGCGCACAGCAAUAUUCGUAAAUAAUGGAUUCUGGACCAGACAAUCCAGUGACUGACAUCAUGAGCAUCGAUCCACGCAAAAGGGAUACGAUGACAUGCAUAGUCCAAGCAGUUGAAACUGGUAUACUGGAAUUGAAUAUAAUGAAAGAUUUUGUCCAUAUUGCAAAUCAAGGGGUCCUUCCUUUAUUGAAGAUGAAUUCCAUGUGUUAUUUGUUUGCACUAUUCAUAGAGAAAUAAGAACAAAUUGUAUUGGUACAUUUAUUCAUGAACCGUAUACAGCACACUGUAGUGAUUCUUUUUCAAAAUGAACAGGGAGCCAUCUAUAACAUUAGUUUAUUUCUGUAUUAUGUCUAUAAAACUAGCAUUGCUAGAAAUAUAAAAAACUUUUAACAAUGAAUUAAAAAAAAGAGAGAACAAAUCUGAAAAUGUUUGUAAAUGCGUUCGCAUAGAUAUUCAAUCUGUGUAUUUUGGACCAAAGGCCUUAUACCGAAUAUAUUUGUCUUGUCCUGUCUUCAAGUAAAAAACUUCAUGAAGUUCACUGACAUUAGUUUAUUCAUGUGCAUAACUUAUAUUCCACAGAAGACAGUGUUUGUUGUUUAACGCCGCACUCAGCAAUAUUCCAGCGAUAUGACGGCGGUCUGUACAUAAUCGAGUAUGGAGUAUCGAGUAUGCAGUGAGUAAUGUCAUGAGCAUCCAUCCAUGCAAUUGGAACACGUUGACAUGCAUCAACCAAUCCAGCGAGCCUGACCACCCGAUCCCGUUAAUCGCCUCUUACGACAAGCAUGGGGUGCUGAAGACCGAUUCUACCCCGAUCUCCACGGGUCGGUUAGUGAAUGAGUGCCAUCGAAUACCGUGGCACACAGCAGGUCACAUCUCAACCAUCCGAUCCCCAAUGUAGCAGCUUGCGUGACUGGCAUGUUGUUCUGGUGACAUAUUAUAGACGUAUAACAAUAUAGUAGAACAUAUCUGUUCAGUUCUUCAAUAAUAAUAUAAAGGGAUGAUUCUUGUACUUACCUUCUGGUAAAAACGUCACUCUGGCCUCAAUCGAUGAACAGAAAACAUUUACAUACGAUUCUCAAGGGCUUUGGGGUAGCCUAGAGUUUAAAGCGUUCGCUCGUCACGCCGAAGGCCUGGGUUAAAUUUCCCACAUGGGCACAAUGUGUCAAGCUCAUUUCUGGUGUCCCCCGCCGUGAUAUUGCUGGAAUAUUGCAAAAGGCGGCGUAAAACCAUACUCAUUCAUUCAUUCAUUCAUAGUAGCUUUACACAAAAAUUGAUUGUUUUCAGAAAAUGAAUUUGAAUGAAAUAUAAAUGAAA